CACGCUUGCAGGCAAAGCAACCACCCAACAAAUUGCUCCUGAGGCUGUUUUUCAUCUGGUAUUCUUCUACGAGAAGUCAUGGCCGUGUCCAAGGCUGCACCCACAGCAAUGUUCGCGACUGUCGUCUACGGACCCAUAGGCAAAAGUGACGGCGGUUACACGGACAUCUUGGUAUCCAUCCACCCGGAUGUGACACCCAACGAAGACAUCGUCCACAACCUAAAAGUCAUGCUUAAGUCAGCUUCACGGUUUUUACACACUGCUACAAACGGAAGAGUACACUUCAAGAAGUUUAUCAUUGAAUUGCCGAAGUCUUGGCCGAAAAGGAAAGAUUCCCGUAUUCUUGGGACAUCAUACUACCCAAAAAGCGAUGUGAGAAUCAGGAAUUUGUCGCUCUGCGGAGACGAUGGGCCCUACACGGUGACAUCAAGAGGCUGUGGGCAAAAAGGAGAUUUCAUUCAUCUUCCAGCUGAUUACCUUUUGAGCUUGAGUCCUCUGACAACGGAAGAGAAUGAAAGCUCCGCGUACACUUUUGUGCAUGAAUGGGCUCACCUGCGUUAUGGCGUGUUUGAUGACUACGGCACACGUGGAGACAACGAAUUUCCGGAAACGUACUGCGCGGGUGAUAAGGUGAAGCUGAAUGCUUGUUCAGAAAACAUAUAUUUCACGGCUCAACUAAGUGAUGGUUCGGAAUGUAGUAUCGACGACGAGUGUCACUUUGAGGAAAAUUGCAUCGUCUCGUCUUUUAUUGACUCUGAAAGCCCAGCAGAAAGCUCAAUCAUGUUCAUGCCCUACGUCCAAAACGUUUCCCAUUUUUGCGAAUCAAGUCAAAGUCUCCGCAUGCACAACAGUGCUGCUCCGACAAAGCACAACAAGAUGUGUAACGGUGUUGCUGUCCUUGAUGUCAUCCACUUGAGCGACGACUUCAAAGAGUUAGCGGAGCCGAACCACUUCAAGCAUAUUGAUGUCGCCUUCGAAGAAUGGCAAGAAAGGGCAGAUGAACCUCAAAAAAUCGUUCUGGUGUUGGAUGUGUCGGGUAGUAUGUCGGGUCUGGAUCGCAUGGCUCUUUUGAAAGAAGCUGCCAAACACUACAUACAAGCUAUACCUGAUGGUUUGCGGAGACUGGCUGUUGUAUCAUUCUCCACAAAUGCCACAGUGACCCACGAUAUGCUAAUCGUCAAUUCGACCACUCGGCAAGGGUUUAUUGACAAAGUGAAUGCUCUCGAACCAGCGGGCCAGACAUGCAUUGGCUGCGGACUUGAGCUGGCACGGAAGGUUCUGACUUCGCCACAUGAUCCUCCACAUGGCUCCAUCAUUCUUCUGGUAACCGACGGCGAGGAGAACCGGACGCCUUAUGUGGCGAGCGUCAUGCAAAACCUCGUGAAGUCCCUCAUCGAAUUAAGCACAUUUGCGAUUGGAAGAGAAGCUGACAAAGAACUUGAAGCUCUGGCUGCUGCAACGAAGGGCCAGUCGUUCUGUUUCCGAGACAGCCAACCAUUUAAUGGCGUCAACAUGGGUGCGGCGUUUGUGACAGCCAGUGCAUCCGAAGUGGAACCCCAAUGGCCCGUUACGGUUUUGCAAGUUGAAAAAAACUUCACCACGCGGAUAAAGCAGAAUUUCACCAUUGGUGCCGGUUUGGCUAAGAACGCAAUCAUCUCCGUUAGACUUGCCGGUUCAACCAAUCGAGCACUGAAAGUAGGGGUUACGGACCCCAGUGGACAAAAAUGCGCAUCCUGCAAGAGUGCCUCUUACGGUGACACAACCAAGAUAACCCUGCCAGAUCCCGCAAAGACGGGUACUUGGACGCUUCAUCUAGAGAGAGGCAGCACCGAUGAUGUCAGCGUCAGCGUGAGAGUGUUUUCACAGCCUACUGACAAUACUGCGGAGCCCAUCAGGUCCAGGGUGCGAAUGAUGAAUACUUUGGUUGGACACGAUUCCCGCUCUAUCGUCAUUGUUGAUGCCACCAAAGGGAAGAGAAUCAUUUUGAAUGCAAGCGUCACGGCUGAGAUAACCGACAUGGACGGCGCAACCACUGCGCUAAGACCCCUCGACGAUGGCCAAGAUCCAGACGUGUAUUCAGACGACGGGAAAUACACUGAUUACUACAACAACUUUGAGAAAAGUGGAAGGUACAUCUUGAAGGCGUACGUGAGCGGUCACAAUGUCAACGUAUCCUGUCGCAUGGCACGUUCUGCGAGCUCCAUUAUUAUGCCGAACGACACUACCGGGCAGUGUAGCCCGGCCCAUAGGUAUCCCAAAAGAUGCUGCCCUUCCUACAACGGCACCUUCAAGUACAAACGCCAGCGGCCCAGAGAGGAGACAACCAACGGCACUUCGAAUGUUGUUGUCGACGGAGGACCAUUCUAUCUAGAGGCCCAUAACAUGAGCCUGGACCCACCGUUGAAACCUUGGAAAUUUCGAGUCUGCUGUGAGAGACCUCGAACAAAUGGCACCCUCCUUCUUCAGAUGAGCUGGAAUUGGGCCGGCGCUCACCUGAACUUCGGGAAAGCGUCAUCAAUCGAUAUCCGGGUGAGGAAUGAGUCCGAAAGCCUCAAGCAGCACUUCGAGUCCCAGGAGAAAAUUGAUUCAACGAACUUGGUUGAGGGUACUUUAGAACCUGGUGAGGCACGCACGCAUAAUGUUGUGACGAUAUCGCUUCCUGGUGAGUGGGCAGAAGUGACAGAAAAAUACACAAGGUGGAACCUCAAGUUUGCUGCUAGAACGACGAACUCCCUUAACGUGACGUCCGAUCUAUCAGACAUAGCAGACUUGGACUACUUCAACGACCACAAGUACACAUCAGAGGCUACAGUCAGCGUGCCUACAAGAAGUACGGCAGCUGAAGAAAGUAGCCCAAUAUCGACAGGCGGAAACACAGCCGAAUACAACAAUGAAAUGUACAAAUCUACGACAGAAGACUCUGACGACGGCCAAAUGUCCACGUCAAAGGCGCCAAGGCGGGAGCCCACAAGCGACCCGGAAGCUCCGAAAGGCAGUAAAGAAUCUACAGGAGGACACAGCGAGGAAGACAAAGACAGCGAUGAUGGCACUGCUUCCACAUAUUCAACGCCACUGGUUCUGGGUCUCCUUGUGGCAGCAGUAGCGAUCGUUUCUGCUGGGCUAUGGGCCCUUAGAAUCAACGACAAACGCGAAGCUGUGAUUGCGAAAAAGAGUGCUACUGAACUGACUGCGACACCAAGUAUGUCAGUGCCGCAGAGUUGAAAAUGUUGGAAGGUAACAAACUUCACUGAAGACACUAAUUCAGGUAAUGUUACUAGGUCGGCACGUACUUAAUGUGCAUCUUGUUUCAGCGAAUAUCCCGAACCGAUUCCUUAAAUUACUGCGCUAUCCCUGACAUUUAUGAAGAACCGACUUCCUCUGGGGCUCCUGAAUAUCAGCGAAAAAUGUUUAUUUCUGAAACAAAUAUAUAUACUUAUUCUAUUUACAACAUAUAUUCAAGACGUUGAAUGUUGCUAGAAGCUUGUGU